GGUAAGGAAGUCCAGUAAAUUCACAAUGUGAGUGUCCAGCAGGAAAGGGUCCGCAUGCAACCUGCAAACAUAUUGCAGCAGUACUUCUAAUGCUAGAAGAAUUUUCCCAGUCAGGCCAACUAGCUGUAUCGAAAUCUUGCACAGAAGGACUCCAAACAUUCAACCAACCAUGGGCAUAUUAUACUGGUAAACCAUUAAAACUGGAGGACAUUCCAUUGAAAAGGAAACUUGGAGAUGAUCUUCUUUCUGAUCCUAGACCAGAAAAGUACAGGAGAAUGAAAGACUAUACUGAUUAUGUAAGAAACACAAUGGUGAACUAUUGUGCCAUCUCAUCUAAAGACAUUGCCAUGAGAUAUAUUUUCCCUAGAGCAAACUUACUGGCUGCACAACAUGAUCAUCAUUAUUUGAAAUUGCCAUUUGCUGAACAUUGGGUUGAUGAAGCUUUAAAGGUUACAGAAAAGGAAGCAAAAACCAUUGAAAAGACCACAAGAGGCCAAUCAAAUAACAAAGAAUGGUUCAAGGCCCGUCAGUGGAGGGUAACAGCAUCCAGAUUUGGUGAAGUCACAAAAAUAACAGCUAGAAGGAACAUAAAAAAACUUUGUGACUCACUUCACAAUCCAAAACCUAUAAACAAGCCUCAAAUAUUCCAUGGGAAAAUGUAUGAAAGCAAGGCUUUAACUCAAUUCAAACAAAAUUAUAAAAUAAAUGUAGUUAAUUGUGGGUUAAUUGUCUCACAACAUUACCCAUUUUUGGGAGCAUCUCCAGAUGGACUUGUGGGAGCAGACAGUCUUAUUGAAGUUAAAUGUCCUUACAGUGGCAGAAAUGAAAAAAUUCUCCCAGGGUCAAAAUUUAAAUUCUUAAUGUAUGAAACAGAUGGCACAAUGGUCUUGAGAAAAAGUAGUCCUUAUUAUGACCAAAUUCAAGGUCAACUCUUUUUGUGUAAAAGGAAGUAUUGCUUUUUUGUUGUUUACACCUUUGUUGAUUUGUUUGUGCAAAAAAUUUAAAUAAAUCAUGACUAUUGUGUUGGAUGCUUAAUACCGAAAUUACAGUUGUUCUACACCAGACAUUUCAGAACCUACAUCGCCACUUUGUUGUGAGUUAGUCACAUUUUCUUAAAUUCAUAAAAGCGGAAUUUUAUAAAUUGAAAUAAUGUACUUCUUGACAUUUUUAUUAAUUAAACAACAAAUUGUAUUGAAAUAAAAACAUUCAUCAAAGUCUGAUUUUUCAACAUUUUAAAUAUCGGAAGGAAAAGUUUUAUUAUUUGGUUGUAAUAUGUAAUUUAGGAAAUUUAAAUUGUAGAUCAUAAACUGGUAAAAAACACAUUUUGUAAAUACUGUAUAUAUACAGAAGUUAAUUUAUUGCUUACAAAAGAAGAAAUAUAAUAUAUAUAUAUGUAAAAGUUACUAUUGUGAAUGCUUCUUACUUAAGGUGGGACUCAACACUUUGACUAAAAUUUAUUUGGCUCGUUUAAUUUUCAUAAAAUUUUGACAAAAUAUUUACUCUACCCUUUGACAAAAAUAUAAAAUAUUCAAUAAAUUUGAACCAACCAAUUUAUCAGAAAAAUUACACUGCUUAUAUAUCAGUUUGAUAAACACUAAUUUUGAUCAUUAAGAAGCUUAAUAUUCCUUUAACAACUCAACACAAUUAUAACGUUUAGCUGAUUUUACAGAGUUAUCUCCCUGUAGUGUAAGGUACCACCUUAAAUGUAAAAGAAAAUUGUAUUUUAAUGUAUUAUGUAGGGAAAAGACUUAUUGUACAUGUUGUAUCAGUAAUGUGAUUUCCUUAUGCUAAUUUAUCCACAAUGGCAUUCUUGAAAUUCAAUAAAGCAAAGCAUACAAAUACAAUUCUGUUACUUAGAGGAAAUUUACUACUUGAUAGUUCAGAUUUUAAAAUUUUAAAUCUCUUGCUUAAUCCAAUGACUCGCUCAAUGUGGAUACGCUUAGAUGCCACUCUACGGUCUUUUAUAAUUUCCUCUGGUUCUAAUUGGGACUUCCCUUUCAGCAUGGUUGGUGUAUUCACAAAUACAUUUUGGUUUGCAAAAAGAUCUUGCACCAUGAUACCCCUAUCUGCCAUAAUGCUGUCACCAGAAUCAAAGAUUUCAUUUUCAAG